AUGAGUAAUAGUUUAGCGAAGAAAUUCGAUAAAAUUGUAUCGAAAUUGGGUAGUAAAGCGAAAGAAACUACUGAACAUCAUGCCAAUAAAGAUGAUACAACAGCCGAUGGAAAUGGUGAAAAUCAACAUGAAUCAAUCUUGCAACGCGUGAAAGGACACCUUGGCCAAUCGCAUGGAUCAUUUAAACGUGAACAUAAUGAUCAAACACCAGGAGCACCGCCCAUUCAAAUUAUUAUCGAUGAUUUCAAAGAUUCACCAUUUAAAGUUCUUCUUACGUAUGCGCCAAUGGGAGGAGGUCCGUCAUCGUCCAGUGGUUCAACAUCGACUUCGCCAGGAGGUAUACCGAGUGAAUGUUAUAAACAAGCCCGUGAAGAAUUUGAUAGCCGAUAUUCAACACCAGCUACAUUUCAAAUAGCCUAUCGAGAUUUUCAAAUAAUUCGACCACUUGGACGUGGUGCAUUCGGCUCAGUUAAAGAAGUGAAAUAUAUACGCGAUCCAAUACCGGAUUAUCUUCAACGAACGAAUCCUACUGAUUCAACAAUAACAUCUGCUCGUAUUGCACUUAAAAUUAUCAAUAAAAAAAGUGCAUAUAAAAUGAAACAAGAAGAACAUGUUGUUAAUGAAAAACGAAUAUUACAAGCAUUAAAUUUUCCAUUUAUCAUACGAUUUUAUUUUUCCUUUAAAGACAAUGCAAAUCUUUAUAUUGGUCUUGAGUUAAUUGAAGGCGGAGAAUUAUUUCGACAUCUACGUGAUUCUGAACGGUUCGAAGAAAAGAAAGCCAAAUUUUAUGCAUCUCAAAUUGUUCUUGCUCUGGAAUACCUACAUCUAUUGGGUAUUGUUUAUCGUGAUCUCAAACCCGAAAAUCUUCUCAUCGAUCGUUAUGGAUACAUUAAAAUGUGUGAUUUUGGCUUUGCUAAAAAAAUUGAUCGUGGAAAAGCAUAUACUCUAUGCGGUACACCCGAAUUUCUUGCACCUGAAAUUAUCCUUGGUCGUGGUUACAAUAUGGGGGUGGACUAUUGGGCUUUAGGUGUGCUGAUAUUUGAAAUGAAUGCUGGCUAUUCUCCAUUUUGGGAUGCAGAUCAACAAAAAAUCUAUCAUAAAAUAAUUAAUGCCAAAUUCCGACCUCGAUCAUCUUUUACAGAUCAAUUAAUUGAUGUAGUUCGUGGUUUAUUACAAAAAGAUUUAACAAAACGACUUGGCAUGAUGUUCAACGGUGUUAAUGAUAUAAAAAAACAUCCUUGGUUUCGUGAUAUUGAUUGGUUACAGAUAUUUUUGAAAAAACUUCGUGCACCUUGGAUACCAGAUAUUCGUGCAAACAACUUUCCUGAUGCUGAAGACGAAGAGCCAGCUCGUUCAUCGGCUAAUUUACAUGAAAAAGAAUUUUCUGAUUUUUAA